AUGGCUGCGAUCCUUCCGUUCCGGGACAUUAAUGUCCACGCCUCGCCUUCCUACUACGCCUUUUCCUCACCCUCAUCGCCCUCCGCGCCCACCCUCGUCGUCGACCGGCCCUCCGGAGACUUGCGCCUCAACGAUGGCAAACUGCUCGGCGGCCAGCGUGUUUCCAGCAUUGCUGGCGUUUUGGGAAUGAUCAAGCUGCGCCUAGACAAGUACAUUAUCGUCAUCACCAAGGCGCAACCUGUCGGAAGGCUCAAGGGCCACAUGGUGUACAAGGUUGCUGCCACCGAGUUCCUGCCCCUCCGCGAGCGCCCGCUGCAUGAUCCUGACGAGGACACCUACCUUUUCUACCUGAAGACGCUGCUCAAGCAGGGGCCCAUGUACUUUUCGUACUCCAUCGACAUCACCAACAGCUUCCAGCGCCAGGCUCAGAGCGACUUUACCCAGCCUUUGUGGAGGCGUGCCGACGAUCGCUUUUUCUGGAACCGCUUCAUUCAGUCUGAUCUGAUUGACUUCCGGAAUGGCACCUCCGGCUCGUCCGGCUUCCGCACUGCGGGCGGCCCACAGAAGGAUGUGGACCCCUAUAUCUUGCCCGUCAUGUUUGGCAUGAUGGAGAUUAAGAACACGUCAAUUAAGGGAAACCCCCUGACCUUCGUUCUCAUUACCCGGCGCUCCAGACACCGGGCCGGAACUCGCUACUUCUCUCGUGGAAUCGACGAGAACGGAAAUGUGUCCAACUUCAACGAGACUGAGCAAGUGAUCAUUCUCAAUGACAAUGCAUCAAACGGCCCCGGAGGAUUUGCCGCAGGCUCCGCUCUUCAGUCUAGCGGGAAACCGGAAACCCAGGUUUUGUCCUACGUGCAGACGAGAGGCAGCGUACCGGUGUAUUGGGCCGAAAUUAAUGAGCUCAAAUAUACCCCUAAAUUGCAGAUCCGUGGGGUGGAAAGCGCUGUGUCAGCCGCCAAGCGCCACUUCAACGAGCAGAUACGUCUGUACGGCGACAACUACCUCGUCAAUUUGGUGAACCAGAAGGGUCGCGAACGGGCCGUCAAGGAAGCCUACGAGAAGAUGGUCGAGCUUCUGGUUUCUUCGCCUGCCGAAAGCACGGAAUCGGACCAGGUCACUAGCGAGAAGUUCACCGUUAUCGAACCUGAGGGUGAGAAGCAGCGGUACGACCGCAUCCACUACACGUACUUCGACUUCCACAGUGAAACGAAGGGACUCCGGUGGCACCGUGCUGCACUGCUGCUUCAACAACUGGAGGGGCCGAUCAAGGAGAAUGGCUACUUCAGAGGCGUCGACAUGCCGGGCGAUCCGAAUGGCAAGAUGGAGAUCCGCAGCCGGCAGACGUGUGUUGUGCGUACCAAUUGUAUGGACUGCCUGGAUCGUACCAAUGUCGUCCAAAGCAUGCUGGGACGCUUCAUUCUCAGCCGUAUGCUCAUCGACCUGGGCAUUCUCCGCGAAGGCGAGAAUGCGCAGGACGAUGCUGCAUUUGAGGACAUCUUCCGUAACAUUUGGGCCGAUAACGCCGAUGUCGUCUCCAAGUCUUACUCGGGCACAGGAGCACUGAAGACGGACUUCACCCGUACAGGAGAGCGGACGAAGGCUGGUAUGCUGCAGGAUCUCAACAACUCCAUCACUCGUUACAUCAAGAACAACUUCCUUGAUGGCCCGCGCCAGGAUGCUUUUGACCUGUUCCUGGGCACGUACCUUCCUUCGACUUCGAACAUUGGCAACAGUCUUCUCUUUGUUGAUCGGAGACCACUUGCCAUUCAGUCGAUCCCUUACAUCCUUGCUGGAUGUGUCUUCUUCAUUUUCAUUUCUGCUUUCACUAGAAGGUCCCCUGACGCUUACGUCUGGCCUCUGCGCAUCCUUGUGCUACUUUGCUUCGCCGUGACUCUUAUUUGCUUCCGCUUCAUCCAGACCCACGGCACAUUCUACGUCAACUGGCCGAAGUUGAACACGCCUUCUUACGCCGUCGAGGGCUAUCAGGACGCGAUGUCGCACGUGCAGAAGGACCCUCUCUUGGGACCGUUGGUGGCAAGGCACGAGAGGGGCAAGAGCGAUGCGAGGCUUCUUUACCUGGAAGAGGGCAACAAGAAGAGAAUAGAAUAA